AUGCUCCUCGUAGUCCAGCGCAAACCGCGCACUUCGCCCGCUGAAGCCAUCCUCCCUGCACCCGAGGAACCCCAGGCGCUCAGGCUGACCUCGGGUUCGACUGCUACUGUGGCGACCAUCGACGCGCCGCCUACCACCGCCAAUCGUAGAGCAAAGCUGCUACGCUUCAAGUCCAAACGCCUGCACCGCGCGCGUGAAACGGCGAAGGACGUCCUCCUCCUCACUCUCGACGCCCUCUCCGAGUCCUCCGAUGUAUUCCCGCCGCUCAAGAGCGUUGUCGGCGGACUACGCUUCUUCGUGGUGCGGGCCGAGACUAUGUCUGACAACAAAGAGCAAGUCCGCGCCAUAUACGCCCAGAUCGACGCUUUCGCCGCGUCGCUCGAAGAUACCGUUCCCGACGCCACUGCGCUCUCGCCAGCACACAAAGCCGCUAUACAGGCCCUUGCCCAACACAUGAGUGCCAUUCACACGAACCUGGGAACCAUGGCCGUCCAGCGCUCGCCGGCCCUUGGUUUCCUCCGUGCAAAGCGAGAUUCAGCUCAGCUGCAGGAUCUUGCGAAGCGGCUUGACCAGGCUCACAACACUUUCACGAGGACCAUGCUGUCGAGCAUGCACAUCGCCACGACAGAGAUUCUUGACUGUGUGCAGCCCAUGCGUGUAGAGCACUCUUCCUUUUUCUUUGACAAGGACUCACGUCAUGCACAUCUCACAAACUUGCUCACCGAACCUGAAGUCUACCUUACCCACGAUGUAACAACCUCUUCCAAGCGGUAUAAUAUAGUGCCCCUCAUUGUCGUACUGCCCACGCUACAGUAA